AUAAUUUCCUGAGCUAAGAGAAAUAUUAAAAGAUAUUAAAAAUUUAAAGAUUUAUAAUAGUUAACAACAAAUAUGGACAACAUGGAUUUCAACGGCGUCCAGUCGUUGAACAAGAUUUUGCAACCCGACGAACUCGAGCUAGUGCCAGACAAUGUACAAAAAAAAUUGUCGGCUUACAUUGAGCAAUUCUCAGAUGAAUAUUGCAAACAGCGUGCAGCUGCAAAUCGCCUAAGUGAAACUGAGCAAAAGAACGAAGAGUUGAACAAUCAAAUACUGGAUAAUCAGGUGAAAUUCAGCAGUUUUGAGCAAAAUGUUAGUGAAUUGCGCACUCAACUUGACCAAGUGUCCGCAGAGCGUGAUCAGCUGUUGUCCUCUGUGAAGAGCUAUGAUAACAAUGUCGCCACAUUGCGCAAGGAGAAGGGAGCUUUUGUCGAUGAACGUGACUCGCUGCUCAAGGUAAUUGAGCGCCAGAAUGGAGAGCUCGAACGGCUGAAGCAAGAUCUGUUGACCUAUCAGCAGCAGUUAAAGGCCGCCAUCACAGCCAAAUGCGAGGCCAUUGCUCGUCUCGAUGAGGUGCAGAGCAAAGAGGUGUCGCUGGAUAUCAAGGAACGGCGGCUGGAGAGCGAGCGCAGCAUAAUGCAAAACGAAAUACAAUUGCUGAGCAGCGAUCUGAGUCGCAAUAAUGCUGAAUUGCAGAAUUUGCGACGUGACCAUUCCAUGAAUACCAUGCAUCUGGAAGUGCGCCUUAAAGAAAAGUGCGAGGAACUGCAGAUUUUGCAGGGCCAAAACUUGCAGUAUGCUAAAUCGGUUGAGGACUUUAACAAGAAGAUCCAGGACUUGAAUGAGUCAAUGUUUACUCACAACAGUGCCACAGAGAAACUGGUUGACAGCCUAAAGAAAGAACUGUACACUAAAGAAAAACUAGUCGAGAUAUACAAGGAAACCGAGCACGAGAAUAUCACAGAGCGCAAUGAGCUACUCAAAGGCAUUUCGGAAUUGAAACGUAUGUUGACUGAAACCACAGAUCAUUACGGUGAUCUGGAAGGCGAAUACCAACAGUCGAAGGAGCUUCACGCCCAAGAGAUUGCUGCUUUGAACAAAACUAUUGACGCACUCAAAACAGAAAUAGGACAUGCCAAUGAUCUGCUAAAGGAGGCACAAGAGCAGAGUUUGGAGAGCGCCAUUUGCAAGUUGGCGCCCACAGCAGCCGUUGCCAAUCGUUUGAUGCGCUCCGAUAUGUCACUGACUGAACUGUACUCGCUGUAUGCAAAGAAUUCUGAAGAACUGGAGACUAAGAACAAGGAGAAUGCUCAGCUGAAAUUGCAGAUCAAAUCUAUUGUGGAGGAGAUCAACGAACGGGCGCCAGUCUUUAAGAAACAGGACGAGAAUUACAGUCAACUAACCGAAGCGCAUAAUCUUCUGCUACAGCAGCGUGACGAGCUGGUCGAGAAGAAGUUGUGCCUCGAGCAGGAGCUGGAGAACACUCAAUUUGAUGUUACACGCCACGUUAAGGAGAAUAAGAAACUGAAGCAGUCGCAAGUCGAUCUAAGCCGUCAAGUCUGCCUGCUAUUGGAUGAGAUCAAUUGCUUGCGUGCUGGCGUUAAUCGUCCACGUCAUCCAGCGCAGCCUGCCGUCAUACACAACUCCAGCGAUGCUAUUAGCCGGGAUCUGGUUACAUUCGAGUCUAUCACAGAGUUGCAGGAGCAGAAUGUCAAGCUGUUGACUCUGAUACGUGAGCUAACUGGGGAACUGGAGGCGAAUGAAUUGAAGAACGACAAGUUACAGCUGAAGGCCUAUGAAGAGAAGUUUGAGAAAGCCAGCAAACGUCUAGAAGAAAUGGAAGAGACUCUUGGCCAGAAGAAUAAUACAAUUGAAACAUUGAUGUCCAAGUGCGAGCGCUACAAGAAAUUCUAUUUCGAUGCUCAAAAGAAAUUGGGUAGCCAGAUAAUUGACUUGGAUGAUUCUACAAUACUCAUAGAUGAGUCAACGGUGGAACAUUCGAAGGCAGCUGCAAAUUCAUCGAAACUUGAGGCAGAAGCCAAGCUUGAGCGACGCAUACGUAGUCUGGAACAACAGCUGGAAGAUGAGUCCAAGAAAUAUGCCGAAUUGAAGGAGAACUAUGAUUAUUACACUAACGAGAAACGCAAGAACGAUGCUCUCGUCCAGGAACAGUUCGAUUCAAUGCGCAAGGAGGUGCGCGAGUUAUCUUCCGUUAAUUGCAAGUUGAUGAAUGCAUCCGAGUUCCAAAAGGAGCAAUCAGAGCUGCUGCAAAAGAGCAUUGUGACAUACAAGCAACAGAUUGCCGCACUUGAGGAUCGCACGAAGAACUAUGAGAAGACUAUAAUCAAGCACGAACAAACCGUGCACAUGCUCAAGGAUGAGUUAAUGACGGCGCAUCGCAAACAGGUUUCUGCCGAUACAGAGGCUCAUAGUUUACGCCAUGAGAAUCGCGUGCUCAAGGAUACAGCUUCGCGACUCCAGGCCGAAAAGGAAGGCUUCCAUCGUGAGCAUCAGAGUCAGGCGUUAUUGCUGAACAAUUUGGAAUUCAUUAAGACAAACCUGGAGCGUUCAGAGACAGAGGGUCGCCUGCGAUUGGAGCAGCGCCUGGAUGAUACCGUGCGUGAAUUGUCCGCCCAGCGUCGUCACUUCCAGGAGGAGGAAGAAAAAUUCCGUGAAACUGUGAACGAGUUCAAGCGUCAAACCGAAACGGCCAACAAACUUAAGGAGGAAGAGCGCCAGCAGGCUGAAAAAUGGCAUCAAGAAUUAGUUGGAGUGCGUGAGGAGCUCUCAGCGAAGGUGAACCAAGUCAAUGAAUUGAGCAAGAAACUGCAGGAGAGUCUCACUCCCUCCAAGAAUGAAAAUCCAAUCACUGCUGCCAACAAAAAGGCACGUGAAUUCGAGCUCAGAUAUGAACAAGCAAAGAUUGAGAUUGAAUCCCUCACCAAGGAGCUUGCCAAGACCCGUGAACAUGGCGAUCAGUUUUAUAAGAUGUCCCAAAGUGCAGAGAGUGAAAUUAAACGACUGCACGAUAUGCACUCAGAAAUUGUAAGCAAAUCCGAGGCUGAGAUUAAGAAACUGAAGAAUACAGAGGCGGAACUGCAGACUCGUAUCACAGAUCUGGAGGCCGAAGUGUUGCUCACUAAUGUGACGGAGCAGAGCAAGUCUACCAAUCAAUCAGAUCAGCUGAAGCUUGCACAAGAGGAGCUCAAGAGCGUGUUGGAGAAAUUAACCGAAUCUGGACGUACUAUUCGCACUUUACGUGCCGAGAACUCCACUUUGGCGGAGUCCCUCAACUCCGUGGAGGUCAAGUAUGCAAAUGAAAUGGUUUUGCACUCUGGAGAUAUUCAGGAAUUGACCAAGUUCAAGGCGGACUUCUUGAAGGUGCAAGAUGAGCUUAAUCAGCUAAAGAGUGGUCGUGAGUCUCUUGCGGCUGCCAACGAGGAGCUCAAAAAGGCCAAUGCUGAAGCUCAGCUUAUGCUGCAAAAGGAGAAGGAGGAGUCAGAGCACCGUGUAGCCGAUCUGAAUGCAUUGAACUCCAGUCUGCACGAUCAAAUCGAGGCAUUGACCACCAAACUGGCCGCUCUUGCUCAAUCUGCAAACAACCAGAAUGCUUCCAUGAUGCUCAGUGAAUCCCUGACUGAAACCGAUGUGCUCAACGCCACGGGAGUGGACGAAAGCAAGAACAGCGAACAGCUAUUGCAGAUUAUUAAAUAUGUGCGCAAGGAACGGGAUCUGCUGUCAGCCAAAUUGGACAUUCUAAAGGCUGAGAAUGCGCGUCUCGUCUCUGAGCACACCAUUCUGCAGAAGAAGGUGGAUGAGCUGAAUGGUUACCUGAAGCAAGAACGCUCCAAGAGCGAAACAGAUGUGGUUUCGGCCAGCAAGCAUGAGGCGGUGUUGCGUAAAAUCGAAACCCUUAAUGCGAUCACGGAUAGCAAUCGCAUUCUGCGUGAGGAGCGCAAUACUCUAACCAAACGUGUGGCCGAGUUGAAUGAGCGCAUCAGCAGCGUGGAGAAGGAACUGUUCCCGCUGCAGUGCAGCAAUAAAGAGUUGUCCUCGAAAAUUGAGGAACUUAAUGUGGAGAACAACUCGUUGCGCACUGAGGCUAUCAAGUGGCGUCAACGGGCCAAUGCUUUGGUCGAAAAGAGCAACCGCAAUCCAGAGGAGUUCAAGCGCUUGCAGACGGAACGCGAAAAUCUUGCCAAGAUGCUUACCAAUGAGAAGGAGUUGAACAAGAAACACUCCGAUGAAUUGGCUGCAAUGAAAACACGGCUGGACAACGAGCUGCCAGCUUUAAGUCGCAACCUGCAGUUGCAAGAAGAGGCACGGAAGAAGUUGUUCGACGAGACCACAAACCUUAAGCAGUCGAGCACACGCCAGUCUCAGGAAAUCUUAGAGUUGAGGAAUCGUCUGCUGCAGAAAGAAGAGGAACUGCUGAAGGCACAGGAGGACAUCGAGACCAAGGAAAAGACCAUACAAGACAAGGACAGCAAAGAGAUUAUGCUGCGCAAGCUGGCCAAGCGAUACAAGGACUACUAUACGGGUCUCCAAGCUCAGGCUGGAGGCAGCGAUACAGUUGCUGAGCUGGAGAAAUUGCGUACCGAGAUGGAGGAGCUGAACAACACAUUGCGCAGCACCAAGGAGCAAAACGAAAGCCUGCAGAAGGAGCAGGACGAUCUGAAGACACGCCUAACCGCUGAGCAGGAUAGCAACGAGUCCAAGCAAAAGAUUGAGCAACUACUGCAGGAGUUAACGACCACCAAGACAGAGUUGGCUAACCAUGAAACUAUUCUGGCUGGCACCAAAACUAGCUACGACGAAACUGUGCAGCGCCUUGAAAAGGAACUGCAGGAUAGCAUCGCUAACAAUAAGGAGAUCAAUGCUCGUCUCAUGCGUGAAAAUGAAUCGCUGCACAUGCGCAUCAAUCAACUGCAGCGUCAACUGGGCUCACAACAGUCCACCAAACCUUCAACUAGUUCCGUGGGCAUGGCUGAGAAGGGCAACAUAUCAGAGUCCUCGCCUCGCACCGCCAAUGUGAAGCCCAUGUCUGGCUCGGCCACAGUUCAGCAAUCAGCCACAGUUACGCCUUGGCGUGGCAGCGAAACUCCUUUGGCCAGCAUUCGUCCCAUCUCUGUGCAAAACAGUCGCACUGCUGCUAUACUGCCCACCAGUCAGCAACCGGGUGCUUCUACCUCAACAUCCACCUCGACGUCUACUUCAGCAGCAGCUACGGCCUCCGGCAGCAGCAGUAGCAGCUCAGCUGUGGGUAACACGGCGCUGGUGCCGCCACAGCAACAGGUGCACACCACAGGCAGCGCCACUUUGGAGUCGAUGGCUUCCUCUUCGCCCACAUCCUCGCACACUGACUACAUGCCGUCGACCAGCUCAGCAGCAGUGGCUGUUGCUGCCAUUCCACCGAUGGGCGCUACAGCUGCAGCUGAGAGUUCGCAGGAGGCGGAAAGCGUGCAGCAUCCGCAGCAGAACGAUGCCCAGCUAUUUGUGGGCGGUGCUCAGCAACAGGUAGUGGCCUUGGUUUCGCCACGUGUUGAGGGUUCAUCGUCGUCCUCUUCUAGCAGCACAACGACCUCGACUUCUACGCCCAAUCAAGCUGUGCCAAACGUGCAGGAAGCCAGUAAUCAACAGCAGCCCAGUACAUCGGGCAGCAGCAGCAGCUCCUCCACUGUGGUCAGCAGUCACAGUCGCCAUACACCGUCUAGCAGCAAUGUGACCACCACUCAAGCUGGUUGCUCCAAGCGUCCACGCGACGUGGAAGGCGACUCAUCCACCAAUGCAGAAGAUGGCGUGCCAGAGAAGAUUGUUAAGCUAACUAAACGCCUGCGUGCUCCAAUGCAUGGUAGCGAAUUGUCAGCUGGUCAUAUUGGUGACUCUGGCAUGGAUGUGGAUCAGAUGCCAACCUCAUCGCAACGUGAUCAGGAGGAUGACAUUCAGGUGGUUGAUUCCGAUGAUGAAGAGGAAGAUGUUCUGGGUCCUAUUGAUGGUGGAGAUGCCGAGCAAGAGGAGGGCUAUGAGGAUUCCUAUGAGCAGGACAAUGAAAUGGAAGAUAACGAUGGUGCCGAUGCACCAGAUCAGCACAAUGAAGUGGACAUCGAGCAGGUCCAAGUGCAGGAUCAGGCUGAGAGUCAAUUGCUCGAGGAUUCGCCUGCCACCGUGUCCACUCAAGAGAACAAUCAAAGCCAGGCCAUUACCAGCGGCAGCGGCGAAUCAACUGCACAAUUACCCCAAGCGGAGGCCAACUGGAAGCAGGCUCCAUCGACUUCAACAGCAGCCGCACGACGCACAGAGAGUUCUGUGGAGAUCGUGAGCUCCCCACAAGUGUCCAACUUUAGCGAGCAGCCACAAUCCGUAGAGAUUGAAGUGGACGGCACAGCUGCCACAGAGGCUGCUGCUGCAGUGGAUGAGAGCAGUGCCGGUAAUAGCGUUGAUUGCACAGCUGCCGUGGCCAGCUCGCCACCAAAGCCAAAUGAGGCAGCCGAGCAAAGCAGCAGUAGCACCAGCAGUCAAGCAGCUGAGGCCAAGGAUAAACCAGACGAAAGUGAACCAGCUGGCACAGAGAACGUGAGCGAGGCUGAUGAAGCAUUCGCCGAAGAAACAUCCACUGGCCAGGCUGAGGAUUCUCAGCAGCUUCCAAAUGAAAAUCCAAAUGUGGGCACAAGCCAGCAAUCUGUAGAAACGGAGAAUCAGGAUAGCCAGGCCGAAGGUCCCUCGGAAGAUAAUGAAGGCACAGAUGGCGUCUCUUCGGAGGGCGAAAAGCAAGCCGUUGAAGUCGAGGAGGAAGGACGUGAGGCUGAGGCAACAUCACCAUCGGAGAACACACGUUACCGAACCCUGCGCAGUGCUGUUCCCACUCGUCGUGGCGGACGCUCCAUCAUGCGUGGCAACAGUAGCAACAACAAUGCCAACAGACCAGCCCGCAUUGUCUGGCAACGUGAUUCUCCAUCGGGCGGCAUGCGCGGCCAUCCUGGUAACCAGGGAGGCGGCAACCAAGAUCAACAUAUGCCAAGUGGUUCACCCAAUAAUCGCAUUUUCGCCAACCGUUCACGCGGCCGUCGCCCCAUGCGUCGUCCAGGACCAAACAACUUUAAUGCCGGCGGUGGAGGAGGAGGCGGCUAUCAAUAAGCUUGGGCACGGGAUGACUAUUAUCCAUACUCUGGUAGAUCGAUAAGGCUUUAGGCAUUUAGAAGUAUACUACAUAAUUAAGACGCCAACUGAUGAUAAAAAUACAUAACUGAAGAAAUAAACAUGCAAAAUCAUUAAUCAAAAAAAUUAUUACUUUUCAUUUUUUGUUCAAGCCACAACAAAAUAGACGGGAAUCUUGUGUUUUUUGUUUUAUUUAGUUUUGUAAAACCCUAACUCUGGAAAAUGAUAGAUGUAUCGUCAUCUAAGAUCUUGGGCGUUCCUUCUUCUCCUUGUAAAGAGCCAACAGGGAGACGUUGGCAACUUUGACGACCUUGAAACGGACACCGGGAAUAUCACCGACGGCGUGACCCUUACGACCGAAACCGGCAACCAA